GGGUGACGUCAGCCAGCAUCGGCGAUCCGCCGAGAGACGGAGCGCGGCGGGCGAAGAGACGGAGCGCGGAGAGCGGCUGUAGGAGCCGUGCUAUGGCCCGGGAUUAGGCGGACAGUGAUCGGAGCGGAGCGGAGUGAGUGAGGCGGGUUAGAGGAGACCCUGUCCGUUCUAUGGUGAUCCAUACAGCCGCUGCUGCGCUGUAGUUACACUUGAAUUAAUCAGCAGAGCAGCGUCGCGGGGUGCGGCCUCCUGCCUCCCGCCCUCCCUGCGCCCAGCAGCCGCAGCAGCAGCAGCGUCUCUGGCCCGGCUCCCCGGCCUCCACACUCGGGGCGGAGAUGGCGGACCCGGCGGAGUGCACCAUUAAAGUGAUGUGCCGGUUCAGGCCUCUGAACGGCUCGGAGCUGUUGCGCGGGGAUAAAUAUAUCCCCAAAUUUCAGGGAGAGGACAAUGUAGUUGUCGGGGGGAAGCCCUACAUGUUCGACCGUGUUUUCCAGUCUAACACUUCACAGGAGCAGGUGUAUAAUGCCUGCGCUCAGAAGAUUGUUAAAGAUGUGCUCGAGGGUUAUAACGGCACAAUAUUUGCCUAUGGGCAAACCUCUUCUGGCAAAACACACACUAUGGAGGGUAAUUUGCAUGACCCAGACGGAAUGGGAAUCAUUCCACGAAUUGUACAGGACAUAUUUAACUACAUUUACUCUAUGGAUGAAAACUUGGAAUUCCAUAUCAAGGUGUCAUAUUUUGAGAUUUAUCUGGACAAAAUCAGAGACUUGCUGGAUGUGUCCAAGACUAAUCUCUCUGUACACGAAGACAAGAACAGGGUCCCAUAUGUCAAGGGUUGCACUGAGCGCUUUGUUUGUAGCCCAGAAGAGGUGAUGGACACUAUCGAUGAGGGCAAAUCUAACAGACAUGUGGCGGUUACAAACAUGAAUGAGCACAGCUCCAGGAGUCACAGUAUCUUCUUGAUUAACGUGAAGCAGGAGAACACACAAACAGAGCAGAAACUAAGUGGGAAACUGUUUCUGGUUGACUUGGCUGGUAGUGAAAAGGUCAGUAAGACGGGAGCUGAAGGAGCUGUGUUAGAUGAAGCCAAAAACAUUAAUAAGUCUCUCUCCGCGCUGGGAAACGUCAUCUCUGCACUGGCUGAAGGAACUACGUAUGUUCCAUACAGAGACAGUAAGAUGACCAGGAUUCUUCAGGACUCUCUGGGUGGAAACUGUAGAACCACCAUUGUCAUUUGUUGCUCUCCUUCCUCUUUUAACGAGGCUGAAACCAAAACUACACUCAUGUUUGGACAAAGGGCAAAGACCAUUAAGAAUACAGUGUGCGUGAAUGUGGAGCUGACAGCAGAACAGUGGAAGAAGAAAUAUGAGAAGGAAAAAGAGAAGAACAAAACGCUGAGGAACACCAUCACCUGGCUGGAGAACGAACUCAACCGCUGGAGGAAUGGUGAGAAUGUGCCCAUUGAAGAGCAGUAUGAUAAGGAGAAGGUCAAUGCUGAGGUGUUGGCUUUGGACAACACCGUGAAUAAUGAUAAGAUAGCCUCCACCCCCAACAUCCCUGGAGUGCGUCUGACUGACUCUGAGAGAGACAAGUGCGAGGCUGAGCUGGCCAAACUCUACAAACAACUGGACGACAAGGAUGAUGAGAUAAAUCAGCAGUCUCAGCUGGCUGAGAAACUGAAGCAGCAGAUGUUGGACCAGGAGGAGCUGCUGGCCUCAUCACGGAGGGACCAUGAUAACCUGCAGGCGGAGCUGACGCGUCUGCAGAUGGAGAACGAUGCGUCUAAAGAGGAGGUGAAGGAGGUGCUGCAGGCCCUGGAGGAGCUGGCCGUCAACUAUGACCAGAAGAGUCAGGAAGUGGAGGAUAAAACAAAGGAUUUCGAGACUCUCAGUGAAGAACUCAGCCAGAAAUCGGGUGUUCUAGCUUCUUUAGAUUCUGAACUGCAAAAGCUGAAGGAGAUGAGCAAUCACCAGAAGAAGAGGGUGACUGAGAUGAUGUCCUCACUGCUGAAGGACCUGGCUGAGAUCGGUAUUGCUGUGGGUAGCAAUGACAUCAAGCAGCAUGAAGGCAGUGGUCUGAUUGAUGAGGAGUUCACUGUGGCCAGGCUCUAUAUCAGUAAGAUGAAGUCAGAGGUGAAGACCCUGGUGAAGCGCAGCAAGCAGCUGGAGGCGGCUCAGGCCGACAGUAACAAAAAGAUGGACGAGAACGAGAAGGAGCUGGCUGCCUGCCAACUACGCAUCUCUCAGCAUGAGGCCAAGAUUAAGUCUCUAACAGAGUACCUUCAGAAUGUAGAACAUAAGAAGAGACAGCUGGAGGAAAAUGUGGACUCGCUUAAUGAAGAACUGGUCAAAAUCAGCGCUCAGGAAAAGGUUCAUGCUAUGGAGAAGGAAAAUGAGAUUCAGACAGCCAAUGAGGUCAAGGCUGCAGUGGAGCAGCAGAUCCAGAACCAUAGGGAGGCUCAUCAGAAACAGCUCAGCAGCCUGAGAGAUGAGCUGGAGACCAAGGAGAAGCUCAUUACUGAACUACAGGAUAUGAAUCAGAAGAUCUUGCUGGAACAGGAGCGCCUUAGGGUAGAACAUGAGAAGCUCAAAGCCACAGACCAGGAUAAGAGCCGCAAACUGCACGACCUCACGGUUAUGCAGGACAGAAGGGAACAGGCCAGACAAGACCUGAAAGGCCUGGAGGAGACAGUGGCUAAGGAGCUGCAGACUCUCCAUAACCUUCGGAAACUCUUUGUGCAAGACCUGGCAACCCGUGUCAAGAAGAGUGCUGAGAUGGACUCGGAUGACACUGGUGGAAGUGCAGCUCAGAAACAGAAGAUCUCCUUCCUGGAGAACAACCUAGAACAGCUUACUAAAGUCCACAAGCAGCUGGUGCGUGAUAAUGCAGAUCUGCGCUGUGAGCUGCCCAAGCUGGAGAAGCGUCUGCGUGCGACAGCUGAGCGUGUGAAGGCUCUGGAGACUGCACUGAAGGAGGCCAAGGAGAACGCAGCGCGUGACCGUAAACGCUACCAGCAAGAGGUGGACCGCAUUAAGGAGGCUGUGAGGGCCAAGAACAUGGCCCGCAGAGGACACUCCGCACAGAUUGCCAAACCGAUCAGACCAGGCCAGCCCCCAGUUGCCUCCCCUACCCACCCCAACAUCAACCGCUCUGGAGCAGGGCUCUUCCAGAACAACCAGUCUGUGGUCAUCCGUGGAGGAGGAGCUAAACAGUAAAAGAAGUGUGUUUGGUCUGUACAUGAAGUUGAUGUCACCCAGAAGAACGGAGCUGCCCUUUCAGCACUGGAUAGCUCAGCAGGCCUAACUCUUAUGAUUAUAUAUAUUUGAAUAUAAGUAUAUAUAUAUGUAUGAAAUAUCCCUACCUGGGCUGUACAGUCGUCCUCUCCGCUCAUGUUGUUAGUGACCCAUCUCACCUUUAAAACAAAGAAAGAAAAAUAGACUAAUAAGACAAAAAAACUGCAAAGAGUGCAAUCACUGCUAUGUAAGUAGCGUGUAGCUUCACUACACGGUUUCUAAUCAUGUCUUGUCAUUCUAGUCCCUCACUGUGCCAAGCUGAAUGUAUCUUCAACAGUUACAAAAGGAAUAAAAAAAAUAGGCAGAAAGGAAUGAAAAAUUGAAAAAUGAACAAAAAAAAUGGAGAUAAAUCCUAGUUAAUGCAUCCUCCUAGCCUUAUUUAUAUAUGCUACCCAUGCUUCUACCACUUGUUUUUUGAUUGAUUGAUUGUUUUUUGGAGAGAGUGGUCUUGAUCUCUCUGUUGCUUUCACUGAAUAGUUUCCAUUUAAACCUAUUCACUUGAAUGGAUACGUUGAAAACACUACAGUCUAACUGUACAUAAAAACCUGAGGACAUGUUGUUUUUUGGUUAUUGGAGUAAGUUAUUAAGCAUUGAGGGUUUAAGAAGAUAGACAGAGUUGUGUUAUAAACACUGCCGGAUGAAAGAAGCAGAACGGGAGUGAAGAAGAAAGUCGAUGCAAAAACCGACGUUGCAAGAGGACACAAAGCUGCUUUUUGUAGACACUCCACAAACGUAAAACCUUUUAAAGCACUGUACAGAAGCAUAGCAGUCAUUGUGAUAUGAGCAUAGAGAAAUGUGUGUGUGUGAACUCUCAGUCUCUGUGUUAAUGGAUCACACGUUCAGUCAGUCACCUGUUCACUUCUAGUAGAUGAUAAAGAGAAAAGCUAAGCUAAGGUUUUUCUGGAUGGUGCAGGCAAGACGAGGUAACCGCAUGGCCUCCAUCCACAUGGUUGAGCACGUGCUUGUAAACGUGAGCAGUGCGGAUAUUUCCAGCUACAGCUGCGUUCACGCUUUUAAUCCCAGAAGAAUGCUCUUAUUUACCUUUUAAAAAGCCAUUUAAAUGCCUGAUUAAAGGGCCGUUUACCGUUGUUUUGCUGUUUUUUUGCUGAUUUCCUCGGAUUUUGAGUGCUUGGCACUGACUCAGCUCUUGAUUGGUCCGGACGCGAGAAAGUGCGCAGGUGAGGGCGGGGCUGAUGACAUCAUGCGCCCUGCAUUGUUUAAUAUUGCGCUAUAUAUAUAUAUAGUGGAAAAAAGGACAUUUACAAUGUAUUUAUUUUUUCCAAUAUCGAGCAGCCCUAAAUUAAAUGUAAUUAAUGAAUUAAUGAGUUGAUUGAGUAAAAGCAUUUUACCUCUGAUGCUUUUUGAAUUUAAUGGAAUUCCCCAAUGAGGAAGCAGUGUUGGGUGUUUCAUCUCCAGUUUUAGUUUUAGCCAGGCUCUCUUUGUGUGUCAGGGUUUACAUUUCUUAUCUGCCCCCUUCUAACCAAUCAACCAACACACACACACACAAUUUUGGAGCAUUGUGGUUUUAGCUUCAAGCUGCAGCACACAUCAUCUCACAUCUUCUGUUCCUCCUCCUUGUUUUUUUAUUUUUUAUCUUUGUAGGGAAGCCUGUGUAGUAGCAACAUCAGUAACAUCAUUCAUUCAUGAUGCUACGCUUCAGUCCAGCCAGUGCUGCCAUGUUUAAAAGCUACAUUAUACUACUUACUGUAGGCCAUUAAUAUUUACCUAUAUGCUUCAUCAAUCAAAGACUAUGACCAUGGCCAGUUAAUAAUAUAUGGUAAAUGGACAGACCCAUAUAAUCAUCAGCAUUUCUCCUCUCAUGGGCAUUUGGGCGUGGUUUAGAAAAGCAUUUAGCACAAAAUGUUUGCAGGUACAAUGUAAGUAAGGAGGAAGUGGAAGUACGCAGGAAGUGAUUGGUUGGUAGCUUUGCUGUUGUCCAGUCGUUGACUGUGAUGCUGAAGUUGUGUCUGAAGGCAGUUUAUGCGCUAAAUGGUGAUUAAUGCACUAAAUGCUUUAGUAAGUCCGGCGGCUCGUAGUCGUGUUUUAAGGCUAGUUUACGAGUGUCUCUUAAGUCUCUGAGAUCUGAGUUUGAGUGAGUGUGUAAUGUAGCGGUUGUUCUUGGCUCACAGCUCAAAGAAAGUAAAAAAAAAAAGAAGGCAGUUAUUAUUACAUAUAACGUAGACAUUGCCUUGGCGGUUGCAGUUGGUUGUAUAGAGUAUAGGAUUGUUAGGAUUUGAAAUUUUAGAUUUUGUCCGUUUCAGAGACUCGGCGUGACGUUGCUGCCUUUUGUGAGGCAAGGGCCUAGCUGAAUUUGGGCGGGGUUUAUUUAAUACUUCCUUUAGUUUUCAUUUCUAUUGUGUUUGCAGGUGGAUGUUUUUAUUUAUUUCAGUUUUAAUAAUCUAGUCAUUGGAAUUUUGUUUCUUGUUGAUAUUUUGUACUCUCUUGUCGUUUUUUUUCUUUAGUUUUCACUAUGGUUUUCCCGUUUUUUGAUGGAUUUUCACCUGUAUCUUGUUAGUGGUUCUGUGUAAAUUUCAGUAGCUGUAGCAGGGUAAUGGCUGCGUACCUUAGAGAAGACGUGUGUGCAAUAUGGAUCAGGCGCUGGGUUAAUAAAGCAGGUUACACAAAUGCUGAAGUAAACGAUGGGGUAGACAAAUUCAUCAUAUACACACAUAAACUUGACUGGCCUUUUAUCAGUUUUCAUCAUCUAUUUUGUUUGGUUUUCGUUUGUAUUUUUAAAAGCACUUUAAAUACAUCUCAGCUAAACACCUCAUAUUAUUAUAUAAUCUGAAGAAAAGCAUCUCAAAUGUUGUUAAAUUAAUGAAUUUUGUAAUUAUCAUUAUCAUUAUUCUCUAUAAAUUUACCUGCAGAGACCAUUGGUUUUGAAAACUGUCCAUCUGCAUACUAGCUGUUAGGGACGGCUCUAUUGGUUCUAAAGACAGUAACAGUACGUAUAAUAAUAAUAAUUAUGAUAAUAAUGAUGAGGGAAUUUGGUGUGUAUACAGUCAGCUCUCUGUGUGCGUAAUUUAGACUGGAUUGAAAUGCUGUGUAUAUUUCUUCCGAAUGCUUACUGUAGGCCAAGUUUUCACCCCUUGACAUGAAAUGCAAAUAAAAUUAAUGGUAUAAAA